CCCAUGCCCAUACCCCCGGCCAGAUCCCCCGCAAACCCGCGAAACGAACCACCAAUCGGGCAAAGUCCCGUGUGCCCAUUGUGCUCCUCCUGACUCUUCUUCUCCCAGGCAUCCAUUUCCGGCUCCGUUGACAAUCAUGGCCGCUGUUUCUGCUUCGAAGAGGAGAGGCGGAGGAGAGAAGAAGGAUUUGUUCCAUGUCGUCCACAAGGUCCCCGCCGGCGACAGCCCGUACGUCCGGGCAAAGCACCUCCAGCUGGUGGAGAAGGACGCGGAGGCGGCGAUUGUGUGGUUCUGGAAGGCGAUCAAUUCAGGCGACAGGGUGGACAGCGCGCUCAAGGACAUGGCCGUGGUGAUGAAGCAGCAGGACCGCGCCGAGGAGGCCAUCGAAGCCAUCAGGUCCUUCAGGCACCUCUGCUCCAGGCACGCCCAGGAGUCCCUCGACAACCUGCUCAUCGACCUCUACAAGAAAUGCGGAAAGGUUGAGGAGCAGAUCGAGCUGCUGAAGCAGAAGCUGAAGAUGAUACACCUCGGCGAGGCAUUCAACGGCAAGAUCACCAAGACGGCGCGCUCCCACGGCAAGAAGUUCCAGGUCUCCAUCCAGCAGGAGAUGUCUCGCAUUCUGGGCAACCUUGGCUGGGCUUACAUGCAGCAGAGCAACUACGAGGCCGCCGAAUUGGUAUACCGCAAGGCCCAGACCAUCGUGCCCGACGCCAACAGGGCGUGCAACCUCGGGCUGUGCCUGAUCAAGCAGGGCAGGAAUGAUGAGGCAACAAGAAUACUUCAAGAUGUCCUGCUUGGCAGAAUCUCCGGAUUGGACGACAACAGGGCUGUCGCCCGAGCAGAGCAGCUGCUCAGUGAGCUAGGUCCGAUGACAUCGCCGUUCGAUGUUGACUUGAGCUUCACUGAAGAGAUCAUGGAGAGACUGGACCUUGUGAUGAACGAAUGGACGCCGUUCAGGUCGAGGAGGCUGCCAGUGUUUGAGGAGCUAGACGCCUUCAGGGACCAAAUGGCUUGUUGAUUCUUCUUAGUUUUUAGUUUAUUGUUCUUGUGUCUUUUUUGAAGCUCAUGUCCUUGUGUGUGUUAAAUAGUGCAUGUAUUGUAUGUAUAUAGGAGGUGUUGUGCAUGAGAUCUGAUAGAUGAUAGAUAUCAUAAGCUGGGUGGGGUUGAUGCAAAAGCGUUCCCUUUGGGUUCUUUGGUGGUCAGAAACUCAGAAUGUCCCUUGUUUCUCCUUGGUUCCUUGUGCAUGUCUUGUGUGAGUUGUUUUUGGUUGUC